AUGCCAGCUGGAGCCAUCAAGCCGGCCGCUAAGCGCGCCCCUUUUGCAGAUGUCAGCAACACCACAAGGCAACCAUUGGCUAAGGACGACAUACAUCUUGCCGGCAAGAAAAAGGAAAACCUGGUGCUGAAGGAUCCCAUUGUGGUCACAGUCAAGAACCUCGAGAAGCCUGGUGCAUUACUCCGCCCGGCGCAGCGACCCUUCUCGACUACCUCUGCGAAGGCGAACGUGCCAGUCAACCUCGAAUCUGUCGAAGCUGCUGCUCCAAAGCAAAUUGCCAUCGAGGCCUCGACCAAUGCCCGCAAGAUCAUCAUCAAGAAACCCACGACUGUUUUCCAUGAAGCCGAGGCUGAGAUCGUACCUGAGGCUACCAUAGCAACCGUACCGACACGGCAAGCAUUAACGUCGCGGACCACCUCAUUUCCCGUCGAGGACCGUGCGUCCGAGCCAGCAGGCGUUCGGGCAGUCGAGACCGAGGUCGAUAUCAAUGCGCAAAAACAGGUGAAGGCGGUCAAGGUCGAUGCCGAAGAAAAGUACGAGUAUCUCGAUGCUCUUGAGGAGCAGGCACGCGUCAUUGAGCAGGAGCGUAAUGACGAGCUUGCAAAGCUCACCCAAGAGGAGUACUGGGAUGAAGAUGAUGAGGAAGAGUACUACGACGCCGAUGGGUAUACAACCGCCAGGUCUCUCCGUUCGCGCGGCGACAACACAACUGGUGGUGUAACGUUGGUCCUUGCGCCGCGUGUCACAGCAAAGACUCAGCAUGAGCUUGAGGCCGCGAAGCGACUCGUCGAGUCCACUAGGUCCGAAGAAGAUAUCGAAGACGAACAGUGGGAUACUUCGAUGGUUGCUGAGUAUGGUGACGAGAUCUUCGAGUACAUGCACAAACUGGAGGAGAAGAUGAAGCCCAACGCCAACUAUAUGGACCACCAAGCCGAGAUACAAUGGUCGAUGCGAUCUGUGCUGAUGGACUGGCUCGUUCAGGUGCACAACCGCUUCACACUCCUGCCGGAAACACUGUUCCUCGCAGUCAACUAUGUCGACCGCUUCCUUUCCGCCAAGGUCGUCUCUUUGGGCAAGCUUCAGCUGGUCGGCGCGACAGCCUUGUUCGUCGCUGCCAAGUAUGAGGAGAUCAACUGCCCUUCAGUCCAGGAGAUCGUCUACAUGGUUGAUGGUGCCUACACUGCUGAUGAGGUCCUGAAGGCUGAGCGCUUUAUGCUCAGCAUGCUGCAAUUCGAGCUGGGCUGGCCUGGCCCAAUGAGCUUCUUGCGCCGCAUCAGCAAGGCAGACGACUACGAUCUCGAGACAAGGACGCUGGCGAAGUACUUCCUUGAGAUUACUGUCAUGGACGAGCGCUUCGUCAGCUGUGCCCCCAGCUUCUUGGCUGCCGGCGCUCACUGCCUGGCUCGUUCCAUGCUGAAGAAGGGUGACUGGUCUCAAGCCCACGUCCACUACUCUGGCUACACGAUGAGCCAGCUUCGACAGCUUGUCUCGUGCAUCAUGGAAUGCUGCGACAACCCCCAGAAGCACCAUGCCGCGGUCUACGAGAAGUACACCGACAAGCGCUAUAAGCGCGCAUCCAUCUUCGUCGAGACAGAGAUUGCAAAGGGCUUCCAGCUUCCCUUUGCCUCAAGAGACAGUCUUGCUGGUCAAACGUGGCGACGAAAGUGA